AUGACGGACUCUGACAGCCAAAACGCCUCAAUUGCGGACUACGACGAGGAGGUCGAGUACCUCAGCGAUGAGGAAGUGGACAUCAUGUCCUACUCUCCCGAGGCCAUUCACCGACCGGCGCCAGCCCCCGAGCGGGCUUCCGAACAAAAUGACGCGUCAAGCUCCUCCGAGUCAUCGAGUUCCAGCUCAAGCGGAUCGGGGAGCUCCGGAGAAGAGGAAGAAGGACCCUCGUCAGGCAGACGGGGUUCACCGGUCGAAGGUGCUAAGGAAACGCCGACCCGGGUGGUUGGGGACCACCCGGAAGCCGUUGCUCGAGGAAGCGACCGGGAAAACACCCCCGAGCAAGCCGAGGAAGACACGACCGGGCCGGCCGCACCAGCCGCCACAGAGUUCGAAUUCUUGAACAGCGAGAAUGUCGAACAACAAAUGAGCCGAUUGACCACAGGCGAGGCGGCUAAGAUUGCUGAAAGGCUCGUAGGUCGGGUGGAAUUCGAUACGAGCCGGAACUAUGGCAGAGUUCGGUGA